UGUCACAGCAGAUGUAGGAAAGGAGACAAGGCGUUGGCCCUUUAAGCAGAACGAUAUGACGUAAUCGGGUCAGGGGUUUACAGCUAUGGCGUCGGGAAAUGGACUUGCUUCUCUGGGUGUCGAGGGAGCUACAGCAGCCGCACAGGCGCUGUCUCUACCAGCUGAGGCUUAUGGGAACGAUCCUCAACUGGAAGUGAUGUGGGCGAUGAAGGCUUACAAUCACGCAGAAAUCUACUUCAAUCUGAUCUCGUCGGUAAACCCCAGUAAUCUGAAGUUGACCACGGUGGAUGACCGGAUCUAUACAUCCUUCAAAGAAUCCUUCUCAGACCUCAACAUUAAGAACUUGGACCCAGACAUGCUCAAAACGGCAGAGGCCAAAGAGAAGUGGCGUCCAUUCUGUAACCAGUUUGACGGAGUGGUGGAGGACUUUAACUACGGGACUCUGCUACGACUUGACUGUGUGAAGGACUACACAGAGGAAAACACCAUAUUUGCCACCAGGAUCCAGUUCUUUGCCAUCGAGAUCGCUAGGAACAGAGAAGGAUUCAACACCCCUGUUUUCCAGGCUAAAAAGCAGCCUUUGUAAACCCAUACCCAAAAACCCAACCUGCUAUAACCUCUAACCCAGUAACAGAGGAAGUUGUCAGCCCUGUGUACCAGGUAAACACCCUUUAUAAACCCUACCACCACCACCUCUAACACAGAGGUUUUAACAGCCCUGGUUACUAGUGUAAACAUUCCCAGUGCUUGACACACCACCAUCUCCUUACAAACUUUUCCUCUGGUCACCCACCUUGUUGACAAAAUAGGUGGUCUACUGGAAACUCGACCAGGGGCAUGUUCAGCAGGGGUAUAUUCUUUACGUCUUGCCACAGAAAACAUUUAAGAACCAAAUCUAAACAUGGAGGGACCUACCUGAAUUUUUACAAUAGAAACCCUUUUUCCAUUUGGAAUAAAUGGUUUGUUGCAAAAAGUUUUGCAACAAUCUGUGUAAUACACCCCAGGGCACGUUAAGAUAGAUAUGUACAACAAACAAUUCACAGUAUUUCUAUCUGCAACAUUUGCUUACUGAACAUGGCCCAGAAGUCCACCCCUCCUCCCUCCACACACACUCCCACAAGUGUGUGUAUGUGUACUGAUGUCUAAACUGAGCAUCGUAGCUAUAUGUAAUUAGCUUUCCUCCUAUUUGUGCCAAGCACUUCUGGGAUUGCGUAUGUCCUUGUACAAAGUUGUAAACGUCUUUCAAAUGGCAUAUAUAUAUAUAUAUAUAUAUAUAUAUAUAUAUAUAUAUAUAUAUAUAUAUAUAUAUAUGAGGCCAGUCCGAAGGUAGACACCAAAUGCAGUCGGUUACACUGGGUAAAUCUGAAAGAACACCCUGUUUCUAAUUUAGUGCACAACUGCUAGCCAGAACUCUGGUCAUAAGUGGUUCACUAUAGAGAAUAUGGUGCCAUUUGAAAGACGUUUUUAUAUAUAUAUAUAUAUAUAUAUAUAUACACAGUUGAAGUCAGAAGUUUACAUACACCUUAGCCAAAUACAUUUAAACUCAGUUUUUCACAAUUCCUGACAUUUAAUCCUAUUAAAAAUCCCCUGUCUUGGGUCAGUUAGGAUCACCACUUUAUUUUAAGAAUGUGAAAUGUCAGAAUAAUAGUAGACAAUGACUUUCAGCUUUUAUUUUUCAGAAGUUUACAUACACUCAAUUAGUAUUCAGUAGCAUUGCCUUUAAAUUGUUUAACUUGGGUCAAACAUUUCGGGUAGCCUUCCACAAGCUUGGGUAAAUUUUUCACCCAUUCCUCCUGAAGGAGCUGGUGUAUCUGAGUCAGGUUUGUAGGCCUCCUUGUUCGCACACGCUUUUUCAGUUCUGCCCACAAAUUGUCUAUAGGCUUGAGGUCAGGGCUUUGUGAUGGCCACUCCAAUACCUUGACUUUGUUGUCCUUAAGCCAAUUUGCCACAACUUUGGAAGUAUGCUUGCGGCCAUUGUCCAUUUGGAAGACCCAUUUGCGACCAAGCUUUAACUUCCUGACUGAUGUCUUGAGAUGUUGCUUCAAUAUAUCCACAUAAUUUUCAUCCCUCAAGAUGCCAUCUUUUUGUGAAGUGCACCAGUCCCUCCUGCAGCAAAGCACCCCCACAACAUGAUGCUGCCACCCCCGUGCUUCACGGUUGGGAUGGUGUUCUUCGGCUUGCAAGCCUCCCCCUUUUUUCUCCAAACAUAACGAUGGUCAUUAUGGCCAAACAGUUCUAUUUUUGUUUCAUCAGACCAGAGGACAUUUCUCCAAAAAGUAUGAUCUUUGUCCCCAUGUGCAGUUGCAAACUGUAGUCUGGCUUUUUUUAUGAUGGUUUUGGAGCAGUGGCUUCUUCCUUGCUGAGCGGCCUUUCAGGUUGUCGAUAUAGGACGCGUUUUACUGUGUAUAUAAAUACUUUUGUGCCUGUUUCCUCCCGCAUCUUCACAAGGUCGUUUGCUGUUGUUCUGGGAUUGAGUUGCACUUUUCGCACCAAAGUACGUUCAGCUCUAGGAGACAGAACGUGUCUCCUUCCUGAGCGGUAUGGCGGCUGCGUGGACCCAUGGUGUUAUGUGCGUACUAUUGUUUGUACUGAUGAAAAUAGUACCUUCAGGCGUUUGGAAAUAGCUCUCAAGGAUUUUUUGAUGAACCAGGUCUUGGUUGAUUUCUUUUGAUUUUCCCACGAUGUCAAGCAGAGGCACUGAGUUUGAAGGUAGGCCUUGCAAUACAUCCACAGGUACACCUCCAAUUGACUCAAUUUUAUGUAUCAGAAGCUUCUAAAGCCAUGACAUAAUUUUCUGGAAUUCUCCAAGCUGUUUAAAGGCACAGUCAACUUUAUGUAAACUUCUGACCCACUGGAAUUGUGAUUCAGUGAAUUAUAAGUGAAAUAAUCUGUCUGUAAUCAAUUGUUGGAAAAAUUACAAAGUAGAUGUCCUAACAGACUUGCCAAAACUAUAGUUUAUUAACAAUACAUUUGUGGAGUGGUUGAAAAACAAGUUAAUGACUCCAACCUAAGUGUAUGUACAUUUUCAACUUCAACUGUAUGUAUGUGUAUAUAUUUUUUUUUUAUACCUGAAUAAAUGGAUGUCAAAUAAACCUGUA